CCCUUCGCCCUCCCCUUCCCUGGCCUUGGGAGACUUCCUUUGAGGGAGGAAGCUUCCUUCCUCCAUCCAGUUCAGGCUGAUGGGAACACCCACAUCAUCCUGACUGCCUGGCUUGCGAGUCCAAACUCUGCAUGAGUCCAGGAGACUUGGGCGAGAAAAGGGACACAGCAGCCAACACAGAGGGGAGAUCCACUGAGCAAGUUCAAGGAUGGCUGCAGAGGGUUCCUCUUGACCGACGUGGAAGUAAACACCUGCAAUCUCCUGGAUGUGGCCUGGCAUGGAAGAGGCAGCCAGAAGCGGACAGGGUGUGGUGAGCUGUGUGGGGUUCCUCCACUCUCCUGUGGUGUCUUUGUGACUCUUGUUUCUCUGGUUGGAUUCACAGCAGUUUCUCUGGACACUCCUCUUGGGCUCUGAUGCAACUGUCCACAUCAGGAGAAGCUGCUUUUGUUUCUCCAGGUUGAUCCUGCACGUCAGGGGACUUGCGCAGUUGAACCGGAGCUCUUUGCGAUGAUGAAGAUAUCUGGGGAAAGCUUCCUGCCCUGGGCUUUUUUCCUGCUGCUGUUGUCUGCGCUCGCAAACCGCCUUCGCAUGAGGAAGCCCAAGAAAGUGGCUUGGUGAUAUUUCAACCCUCCUGCCUUUCCUGACAUAGCUGAAAACAAACAAGGAGGACAGGAGGCAGGUUCAGACCAGACACACGAGCCUGGGCAGGUCCAUGGCAGCUCCUGACACAAUCAACAAGGAAGGGCCAGGUCGUAUUUGAAGGUGCAGGACUGCGAGAAGAGCAAAGAGGGCCUCCCAGGGACAGGAGUGAAAGCCAACAAGAUGUAAGCCCACAGAGAGAAGAUAUUGCUUGCAAUACAGAAGGUCACUUGGAAACUCUCAGGAUGGAAUCAUUGGGCAGAGAUGUGCAGGAAGAGACAUACGUCUUAGUGGAAUAUGCCUUUGAGUACACCUCCAAGGAGGGGCGACUGAUAUCAAUCAAACCCAAUGAGAGAUACAUCCUUUUGAAGCGAACAAAUGACCACUGGUGGCAUGUUAGAAAAAGCAAAGAAGCUCGGCCUUUCUACAUCCCAGCUAAAUAUGUCAAAGAACUGGGCCCCAUCACUCAGACAUCUUUGGACAUGUUGCCCUGCUCAAGUUUGCUGGAGAAUGCCAACGUAGGUGCCUCCGCUGAGAGUGGCCGGGAACAACCACCAGAGUAUGUGUAUCGGUUUGUGAGUGCUGUUCCAGUGGGUGAUGCAGAUCCCUCCCAACACCAUCACAUCUCUUCAGGAGCAGGAAUGACAGUCUUUUCAGACAUCAGUGGGAAGACUUUACCCCUCAUUUCUGGAUCAAAAAGAGCCCCUCUUUCCACUCUUAGUGCAUCACAUGGUUCCCUUAAGCCUCCCUAUAAAACAGGCCCGGAUUAUCCAUUAGUGAGCUGUGGCUCCUUUGCUGAACAAAUGAGGCCUACAGUGUCUCUGGAUGACUUGGCAAGAUUCACAACUCACACCCAAACAAGCACUGUUGGGAGCUCAGGAUUGCACAAAGCAGCCUCAUGGGAUCACCCUCAUCCUCUCCUGGAGAGCAGCUCGGAAAACCACCAAAAGGCAGCUGAGGAUAGAGUGGUUGUACAGGAGCAGAGUGGCAAACAGCCACAUGAAGAAGCAGACACAGAUCCCGUGUAUGUGAAUCUACAGGAGCUUAGCUUGGAACGGAGUGCUGCUACACCCAGCCAUGCUGAAUCCACACCCAACCCACACAUCACCAGUCCCCUGACCAACUGGGAGACCCACACAGACACAGAAAGUGGUCACUUGUUCUAUUACAACCCAGCGACUGGCCAAACGACAUGGGAAUCUCCUUUUGAGGCCUCUGUGAACAGUACAAGUCCCACCCAAGCUCUCUCACCUUUGCUUGCUCCCAGCCCUGCCACACCUGCAGAGUGGGGCCAAUAUGUAGAUGAAGCCAGCGGACAAGUGUUCUUCUAUAACACAGCGACAGGCGAGUCAUCGUGGGAUGCACCCCGAGUGAACGAAACACCUGACUAUCCAGAGAUGCAGCCUGCGUUUCCCCCCUACAGCCCUGCAGAUCGGAGGCCCCCAACUCCAGAAACUGACUACCCCAACCUUUCUCCUGAUGAACUUGAACACUACCCAGAAGAAGAUUACUCCCCGGUUGGCUCUUACAAGCAGUUGGAUUAUCCCAGUGUUCCCCCAGCAUUCCAAGAGUGGGCCUCCUAUGGCAACCAGGAGGGGCCGGUGUUUGAUGGCAACCAUUAUGGGACAGACAUGGUGAAUGUGUCUGGACAUCAUCACAGUACCAGCAGUGGGUCUAGCCUGGACAACAGUCCUUUUGGGAACUGGUCACCCAGCCCUGGAGCCUUUUCCGGUGCAAAGGAAGAGCAGUUAAAAACUCUUGAAAAGGCUGGGAUGCUGCAUCGGACAAAAACAACUGAUAAAGGGAAACGUCUGAGGAAGAACUGGAGUGCUUCAUGGACAGUCUUGGAAGGUGGUGUCUUGACGUUUUUUAAGGAUUCCAAGCAUUCUGCUUCUGGUGGAGUGAAACAUCCUUCUGUGUUGAGUAGCCCAGAAUACACUGUGGAUCUUCAUGGAGCAACACUUUCUUGGGCAGCCAAAGACAAAUCAAGCAAAAAGAAUGUCUUAGAGCUGAAAACACGGGAUGGUUCUGAGUACCUGAUCCAGCAUGAUUCGGAGACCAUCAUUGGCACAUGGCAGAAGGCAAUUGCUAACAGCAUCAGCAAACUGCCCACAGACUUCCCUCUAGAAGAGAAUGAUGAAAACGCAGCAGAUUUGAAAUCCAAGGAGAAUCUGGGAACCAACAAAGAGAGAGAGGGUGAAAAGAAGAGCCCAGUCUCCUGGCAUUCAUCCAGUUCCCUCAACUCAGAUUGUGAUUCCAACAAAGUCCGUAAUAAGCUCCGGAAGUUUCUGCAGAGGCGACCAACACUUCAGUCCCUGCGGGAAAGAGGCUACAUCAAAGAUCAGGUGUUUGGAUGUGCUCUGCAAGUUCUGUGUGACCGUGAGAAGAGUACAGUGCCUCAGUUCGUUAAGCAGUGUAUCGCCGCUGUGGAGAAGAGAGGUUUGGAUAUUGAUGGACUCUACCGGAUAAGUGGAAACCUAGCUACAGUUCAGAAACUACGCUACAAGGUCGACCAUGAUGAGCGCUUGGAUCUUGAUGAUGGCCGUUGGGAUGAUGUUCAUGUUAUCACUGGGGCACUCAAGCUUUUUUUCCGAGAGCUGCCGGAGCCACUCUUCCCCUUCAGCCAUUUUGACAAAUUCAUUGCUGCCAUUAAAAUUACAGACCACACCAGACGAAGCCACUGCUUAUGGGAGCUGGUGAAGUCUCUACCUCCUCCGAACCACAACACGAUGAGGGCUCUUUUCCAACACCUCUGCAGGGUUAUAGAGUACCGGGAGGAGAACCGCAUGUCAGUGCAAAGCAUCGCAAUUGUGUUUGGACCAACGUUACUGAAGCCAGAGAAAGAAGAAGGAAAUAUGACUAUGCACAUGGUUUUCCAGAACCAGAUUGUGGAGCAAAUCCUUACCCAGUUCAGCUACAUAUUCCCAGAGAGCUAAAACCUCCCAGCAGAGCAUGGGACUCUAAUGAAGGAAUGGCCUCAAUGCAAGGGCAGGUCCCUUUGCUACAAGAAAGGUGUUGCUGAGCAGUGCCAAGUGAAGAGACGGCAAAGCUGGCAAGAGAGUGCAAGGACAUGGAAUAAAAGUAUUGAUGUGGGAUUCCUCAUGGCUACUUGCCUCUUUCCAGUGCUGGGCAUGUGGGAAAUGAAACCCCUGUUGCACAGGAAGAAAAUGGCUAAUUGUUCAGCAAAGCAUUCUGGAUUAGCAAGGUUCAACUCCCAUAAUGGAGUGCCCUUUUGCUGAGGGAUGGUGUGAGCUGGUUUGGAUGAAGGUUUGGGAAUGGGGAAGCUUUUAUGGCGAUGCCUAUACCACAGCUGAGUUCAAAUAUAAUGGCUUCCUGCUAAAUAAUUCUGGAAUUGUAGUACUGCGAAUGUAUUGUGACUCUUUUGUGCGAAAAAGAUAUGGCUGAAGAUGUUUCAUUCUUUCAGUAGACAUGAGACUCCCUGACUCUAAAUCAUCUAGUUAGUACCUACAAGAUCUAUGUUUGCUCACUUGAAUCAGAAACCAUCGCAAGAUACCAGUGGUGACAGUUCAGUGAGAGAGGAUGCUUAACAGCAGGCCUCUCAUUCCAGUAUACAUGUGUGAUUUGGCUGAGAUCAGGGGAAUUUAUCACUCCACUAGAGUUUGGUAUGUUUCUGUUAUACAGUAUUUCCUUCUAGACUAUCCCUAGCCAUGGAUGACAGUGAAGUCUAAAUUUCAUGUAAGUCCAGUGAAAUCCAGCAUGGUUUAGAAGCUGUGCUGUACUCUCGAUGCAUCCAAGCUUGUUCGAUUUUUUUCAUGGCUUGUCAUCUGCCCCUAUACAAUGAGUCCCAUAUCCUUUAAAAAAAUUAGCUGUCUCAGUUGAGAAGUCCAGGAAGCCAAGAAGUUGUUCAAUGUACAUUCUCAUGGAGAAAGAUUGAAUUUUGUGGCCUGGAUUCUGCAGCAUUCUAUAUGUCCACAGAGAAAGGAUCUGAUGGCAGUACAUCUUACUAUUGAGUGGCUGCUCCAGCAUCAUUACAGGGCAAUAAAAGUACAUUUUGGAAUGUAAGUCCCAGAAGAAUCCCUUAGCCAGCAUUGCCAGUGGAUAUGCUGGCUGGGGAGUUCUUGGCAUUCACAAUCUCAAAAAGUAAUAUUUCCAAGCUCUGGAACAUUCUACUCAGUUGUGUGAGGCAAGAAUGUGUGGAAGCACUCCCAUCUUCCAGGGCUGUCCUAUUGCUAAAUUCAGACUUCUGCAAUGGCAUACUAAGACAAGGAUGGGGAAAGUGUGUCCCUGUAGAAAUUAUUGGAUCAUUGCUUAGCUAGCAUAAACAAUGAUGGCGGUUGAUGGGAGUGGCAUUCAACUAACAUCUUGAGGGUCACACAUUCCCUAUCCCUCCUUACAGGGGAAUGUUUCAAAAUGGCACUUGCCAUACUGUGCAUAAACUUAGAAGUUUGUGUGUCUGCUACUUUAGGUUUGACUUUGAGUUGGUGAUCCUGCACAGACCAUGCACAUGAGACAUGGAGGUAUCAAAUGCAGUAUGUGGAAACACAUUUUACAGAAGGGAUGUUUCCUACCUACCUUGGGGCAGUGAGUGAGUAAGUAAAAAAUUGCUGAAUCUAGGACUUUAGUGGGAAGCGAAGGCCUCAUCCAUCACAGGAGACUUUCUUUAUGCCUUUGCCUCCAGUCUAACCCAAUACAAGCUGUCUGCUUUCCUUGCACUGUCCUGACUACUUCAGGAUCCCUAAGAUGCAACUGUACUGCCCCAAGAAGAACAUGCCUCAGAAGGAGAAACUUGAGAAAUCAGUACAUCAGUGCGUUACCACCACAGCUUAUAAAAGUUAUUUUUGGAUUACAGCUCCCAACAUCCCCCAGCCAGAAUGCCACUAGCUACACUAGCUGGGGAUUCUGGGAGAUACAGUUUGAAAAUGAAAUUUUUCCAAGGUCUGCCUACCACGUACUGCCUCCUAUGCCAAGACAGCUAAUGCUGCUGUGAACACAUCAUUGGCGAUGAGCUGAAAUCUCCUUUUCUCUCUCUUUAUAAAAUCAUACUUUAUUAUUUGGUGUUCACAGGAGAAUAAUGUUGUAAUGAAUUAUUGACAAUGUGUAUAUUUCAAAAUAGGAAACAUAAAUUAUAGUGCAGACAACUACCCAUCUGAUAAACAUCAGCUGAAAAAGGAAUAUGCUAUACUAAAAUACUUCCUGUUCCUGCAAAGGGCUGAUGUGUGUCUGUUCUUUACCACAACAGAAAUGUGUGGCUCAGAUGUUUUAGUCUGGUAACAGACAUUAGCACAUACCCAUUGUGGCAUGGGCUUUGAGGAAAUAGUGAAUGAUCGAACUCCUGCUACUUUAUCUCAUUUCCUGUGUUCAACAGGUGAUGAUUUAAAAAAACGGGGACUGUUUUACAAAGGCUGUAGCUGGAACUGAAGGAAAUUUGUUGCUGAACAAAUUAAUGACAUUUUAUUUUUAAAUAAACAGUAACCCUCGAGUAAAA